UCUCAGCUCAGCAAACAGCUUAGACGUUUUGCAAAUUCUUUAUUUUUCUUAUUAUUUUUAUAUUUUAUUCACAUUCAAUGUUCAAAUGGAAAUUGUUGAAAAUUCUCUGUUUAUAAAUAAAUUAUAUUUGCUAAAUCAAUUUUCUUAAUUACAAAAACCAGCAAUUCUAUUCAAGUGAACAUCAAAAAGCAGCGCAGCGAUUCAGCAGCAGACAGUAAGUCGUGAGUCUAAGGAUUGAAGUUAACCACGCAACACUACGAACCACUAAACGAGUAUAAUGGCCCCAAUUAGUGAAAAAAGAUUGCCUCCGACACACGUCAAAGAGAACACCAAGGAAAAUGCAUCAACCAAACCUAAUAAUCAUAACACAAAUCAUCACAAUAAGAAAAUCAAUCAAUCGAUAGAGAUUCAAGACUUCCACGAGUCCUGGCUGAGAGACAUAGAGAGCUACAAGAAUCAGGUGAGAAUACAACAGAUGCUCUCCACUCACAACCACGCUCACACGCCUGAAGGAUGCGCCUCUCAGCUGUCUCUUACUGCCGCUGCGACUAACAAAAGACGCAUCACAUCCCAACAAAACGGACACAACCACAACGCGGCAGGCUACGAAGGGUUAAAUUUAAAGCGGCCCCGAGAAGAGACUACAACAAUAACGCUAAAUCAAUCAACCAGCAACGCUAUGCGCCAUAAUAAUAACAAUAACAUGCCUCAAAAUCAAAACCAAAAUCUAAAUCAAAAUCAAAACCAAAACCAAAAUCCAAGCCACAACCACCAGCACCAAGAAUCGACUGGCUCGACUGCCAAAAUAAUAGUUAACUCAUUUCAUGCCAGUAGCUUGCUUAAUUCAAAUAAAAUUCCUGAUCUCGCUGCAACGAGAUUACAAUCAUCCCAACAAAGUGGCAAUCAGCUGCCGCAAUCUUAUAAUAACAAUUCCACCUCCUCCGCUUCUUCCGCUUUGGGUGUUCGCUUAACAACUCACCAAAAACAAAAAACUAAUAAACUGCUCGGUCCCCCGAAAGAAGACGAAGACGGCGUCGAAAGACUCAAGUUAAUACUCAGCCGGCCCCUUCGACUAACCGUUUCCGAAGAAUCUAAAGGUGACUCGCCACCACCUGACGAUGAUGCAUGCAGUCAUCCGGAUGUUGACGAUGAUGACAUUAAUUCAAUUGAUGAUAUUGGAGAUAUUGAUGACUUGAAUGUUUUCGAAGAAGACUCCGAUGACGACGAGGAGGCUUAUUCUGGUGGCUGCCCGUUCGUGUUGGACAGUGAUUCGGAUAUACAAUUCAUGAGUGAAGCAGUCACAGUGACGAUACCGAAUCCCGACUCCAUUCUUACGCCGAGUUUGUUCCCCAAUGUUGCACCCUACAUUACGUUCUCCUCGCAUGUCGAAAAGGGUCCAAAUGUUCCAAGCGCCCUGCAUAAGAUUCUCAAAUGGAGAUUAAGUCCGGUGAUGCCCCGAAUCGUUCGUCGAGUGAUCUUCAAUUCGGGAUUCCGUUUAAUUAAAAAGACAACCGAUUGGAUUGCAGUGUGGGAGAAGCACAUGCGAAGUCCUGGAUUCAAAACCAUUCGCUCGCACCAAAAAUUCAAUCACAUGCCUGGAUCAUUUCGCAUCGGACGGAAGGACAGUAUGUGGCGGAAUUUGAGGACUUUCAUGACCAAACAUGGAAAAAGUGAAUUUGGAUUUAUGCAGAAAACUUACAUAUUGCCAGAUGAAAUAGCAGCAUUGAAGAAAGUUUGGCCUCGAUCGUCGGCACAUUCUACAAAGUGGAUAGUCAAGCCACCGGCAAGUGCUCGCGGUGCAGGCAUAAGUGUAGUCAAUAAGUGGUCUCAGAUACCAAAAGACAAAUCAGUUGUUGUUCAAAAGUACAUCGAAAAACCUCUUCUAAUCAAUGAAAACAAAUUCGACCUGCGACUUUACGUUCUCGUGACAUCGAUCAAUCCUCUACGAAUUUACAUCUACAAAAAUGGUUUAGCGAGAUUUGCUUCAGUGAAAUAUAGUUCGGAAUUGUCAUCCCUUAACGACCGGUGUAUGCAUCUCACGAACUACAGUAUCAACAAACUAUCCGAGAACUAUGCCAAGAAUGAAGACAUCAAUGCCUGUCAAGGACACAAAUGGACGCUGCAAUCCCUAUGGUCGUAUCUUGAAAAGCGCGAAGUGGACACUAAACGACUCUGGGCUACACUUCGCAAUUUAGCUAUUAAGUCUCUGAUCAGUGGCGAGGGCUGUUUGAAUCGAAUGUAUCGACAGAAUGUGAAUAGUCGAUACAAUUGUUAUGAGCUUUUCGGUUUUGAUGUUCUGCUGGACGAGAAUCUGGUGCCGUGGUUGUUGGAAAUCAACAUAUCACCAUCGUUACACUCGGAGUUGCCACUGGAUCUUCAUGUGAAGGGUCCUCUCAUUCGAGGUGUCCUCAAUACUGCUCUCUAUCAAGUGCCACCAAAGCUAAGUGUUCGACAACAAGCGGAGAUCUUAAAUGAACUUAAAAUGACAGGGCCGCUCUGCUACGAUAGACAUCUGUUUACACCAAUUCUGUCACCCGAAGAGACCAAAAAACACAAUUUCUUUACCAGUCGCUUGAUUGAGAUUCGUGAGGAUUAUUUAGAUUCGAUUUUGGAAAAUCUAACUCCUGACGAUGUUCGAUGUCUUGUUAUAUCCGAGGACGAACGGAACCGCUGUGAACCAUUGGAACGAAUCUUCCCCACUGCCGAUUCAUACAAGUUCCUUGCCUACAUCGAGAAUCCCCGCUACUAUAAUCGCCUACUGGACGCAUGGGAAACAAAGUACGUCGAUGAUCGAGACACCGGAAUAGAAUUGCUACAAAAGUUAUGCUCCGAAGGAUAUCAUUUGAAAGUUCCCGCAGCUGCUUUGAUAGAGGAGCCUAAGAUUGAUUUGACUGACAUUGACUUGAUGUACAUGAAACCAGAAGAAAUUGCCAAACGUCGUGACUCUGUUCACACAUUGAAUAUAAAGCAAAGUGACGACACAACGACGACAAGUAAUAAGGACGGAGAAUCGAAAAAUGCAAUUUCUUUCCGAGGAUCAAGUGUGCCGCCAUCAAACUGUUCAGCAGAAGUUGUUGAAAACGGUAAUGUGCAUAAGAACAACUCUCGACCAAUAGCAGUGGGAUCUAAUUAAAUGGUUGGAUUAUGAGACUGACUAUCCUUAGAACAUCAUGACGCAUAUAUUUUUAAAAUAAAUUUAACAUCCAAACUUUGGCUUAGACAUAAAUAUUUACGAGAAUUAAUAAAACUUAUAUUGAAGUAAUAAAUUAGAGA